CCACAGCGUUGCGCUUCAGGUCCAGUUGGCUACUCUGUGAUCUACCCGUCUGAACGCCCACCACCAUGCUGGCACGCACGAUACUCCAGACGUCGCUGCUUCUGUGGCUCGUUGAGGUUUCCUUUCAAGGAGCCAUCAAGCCACAGAGCGCUGGAGCUCUUGGACGACAGUUUUUGCCAUCAUACAGAGCUGCUGCUGGCGGGGUGCAGCCCAGAAACGGACUUGGGCUCGGGCUUGGAGGAGCUAAAGCUGGAGCUGCUGGUCUUGGACUGGGACUUGGAGCCAAGCCUGGCAAGGUUGGAGGUCGCUUCCCUGGAUAUGGCGCACGAGGCUACCCUCAGCAGAGUUUGGGUGUUUUAGGGGCUGGCCUUGGAGCUGGACUUGGAGGUGGACUUGGAGCUGGACUUGGAGGUGGACUUGGAGGUGGACUUGGAGGUGGACUUGGAGCUGGACUUGGAGGUGGACUUGGAGCCGGUGGAAAGCCUCCAAAAGCAGGCUAUGGAGUGCAGCCAGGCUAUGGUGCUGCUGCUGGUCUGGGCGUCCCAGGUGCCGGUCUUGGAGCCGGGCUAGGGCUUCCCGGAGCUGGACUGGGAGCAGGCAAACAGAAACCAGGGUAUGGAGCGGGUGCCUACCUUGGCGCAGGACUAGGAGCAGGUGCCGGAGUCACGCCAGGAGCUCUUGGAAAAGGACCUAAACCAGGCUAUGGCGCUGCCCUGGGAUACCCGGCCGCUGGCAUUCAACCAGGCUACGGUGCUGGAGCAGGACUCCCAACAGGCUUAGGAGCAAAAGCAGGAAAACAAGCAGGCUAUGGGGCAGGUCUUGGGGCCGGUGGCUACCCAGGUUUGGGUCAGGGUGCAGGACUUGGUGCCGGCUAUGGGGCAGGGCAAGCUGGCAAAGUCAAACCUGGAGGUUAUGGAGGUGUCCAAGGGGCCUACGGCGGUGCUGGUCUACCUAAUGGUUACAGCGCAGCAGGUCAGGCAGGAGUUCCACGGGCUGGUAAAGUCAAACCCUCCGGGAUCGGCAACGGAUACGGAACUGGAGUUCAGUCAUUGUAUGGAAAUGGUUAUCCUAGUACCCUGGCUGAGGGAGCUGGCCUUGGUGCAAAGGCUGGCAAAGGAGCAGGUGGAGUGUAUGGGAAUGGAGGAGGAGCUGCCCUUGGUGCUGAAGCAGCCGCUGCCAAGUAUGGUGGAUCAGAUGUCUAUGGAGGCCAGCCAUUGGUUCCCGCUGCCUUGGGUCUUGGUGCUGAUGGCAAAGCUGGUAAAUAUGAUGGAGCUGGGCAGUUGCCUUAUGGUGGUCUGCCUCUCUUGUCUGCCAACCUGAAAGAAGAUGAAAACAAAGGAAAGUAUGGUGCUGGCCAGCUGCCCUAUGGUGGCCAGCCUGUGGUGCCCGCUGGUCUUGGAGCCGAGGCCAGCCUGGGACCCUAUGGUGCAGCCCAGCCUCCUUUUGACACACAGCCGUUUCUCCCUGGCGGCUUGGGGACAGAGCCUUCAGCUGCAAAAUAUGGUGGUGCUGGACAGCUUCCUUAUGGAGCCCCUGUGAUCCCAUCAGGCCUUGAUGGUGCUGGCCAACUGCCUUAUGCAGCACAAGCUGCUGGGCUGGGAGCCGAUGGGAAGUCUGCUGGAAAGUAUGACAACGCCGGAUUGGGAUACAUGAAUGGUGGAGCACAGCCAGCAGGAUACAAUGGGCAGUUAGGAGGUGCACUGGGACCCAGUUCAUAUGGAGGAAAAGAGGGGAAAUAUGGACUAAACAGCUUCCUUGGCAAUGGAUACCGGGGUUGACCACAUUUCCACUAGUCGUCGUUCACUUUCUUUUCUUCUUUUUUAAUUUGUUUUGUUGAACCACCCGUUUGUUACAAUUUUGCCACUUCUGUUUUCCUGCUGGGGUGAUGAGAAGCAGAUCCCAUUUUUUUUUUUUUCCACGCCGGAUUUCCUGAUUUAUCUCCUCCUCCAGGCUGCAUCGACGUCCACAUUGUGUUUAAAACAAUACGGCUGUCCAGUGUUGUCUUUUUUAUGUUUUUUCUCAUUUGACAACAAAACGGGGAUGCAGCAGCUGCACACGUCUUUUGAUUUUCUUGGUGGGAUGAUGGGGUCUGGGGGGGGGUCUGGCCAGUAAAUUUGAUGGCUGGUGCUGCUCUGCUCCACUCCCUGUGUGUUCCCAGCAUCCUCCUCUUUGAAGCUGAUUCAUCAGAUUGGGGUAGCAGGGUUUGAUUGCACCAGUUUUGGGUUUUUUUGUUUCUGGUAGUCCGGUCAGGUGAAGCGUCAGGAGUCGAUCCACUUUUUAAUUUUGUUUUCAUCCUCGUGUUAUAAAAUAUUAAGUUGAGUUAAAUCGCUUAACGCUCAAGUAGAACUACUACCGUCCAGAUGCAGAAACGGUUACGUUUCCUGCCAGCUUCAGAAGCCGUCGUGACCAACAGAACAGAGUCCUAUGAUUGUGUAACUGUUAUUACUAUCGUUGUCAUCAUUUCUUUGGGUAUUUUACGAGAAUGGAAAAAAUACACACAGAAUUCAAUUUCCUUACGAAAUGUUUAGGCAAUGCUAACGCGUCCAAAAGCAGGCUUCUGCAGUACGUAAGUGUCGUAAAGCGCCUUUCAGUCGCAGUAUCUAGGAGGACUAUGGGAAGCCUCAUGUAAAACCGCUGCUGGGCCUUGGCCUGAUGCUGAAGAGUCACAAUAUGGUGCCUUACACUGGCUCUUUCAUACAGAUUACAGUACACUGACGUACGGUGCAAUAUCUGCGCUUAUUAAACUUCAGUGAGACCAGAUGAUAGCUGACUAAAGCAGUUGUACCUCAGUUGUUAAAAAUCGACAUGUUUCUUUUUCCAUUAUAGCAGGUUGCUCUGAGUAAAUGUUGGUGCAAUAAAUUGAGUUAUGAUAGUCGUCGUCUCAUGGCGCUUCAUUGUGUUAUACAUUUCCUCAGCUCCAAAACAGCACCAUACUUCAGUCCGUACAAUUCAGUACCCAUAAUGCAGCACUCUCUCUAAGUUGGUUCUUGGCUUUUCUGUUAUUCAUCUCUUCAAAAUCAAAGGAAAUAAAACCCUCCAUUAUGUCUCGUGGUGCUCCAUUCACACCAUUGAAACUGCACACUUUCAUUAUAGUGACUCACACUGAAUCAUACGCGGUACUGUAAGAGACGAUGCAAAAAUUACAGCCAGUCACCUUCACAGAUGCAAAAAAUACACUUCGACUAGCUGGUGUAGGGUGCUGCAUUAUAGCCAGUUGAGGAAUGGGCACAACAGGGCACCCACCAUUAGCUGGCCCCUAGUGCUUCACCAGGCGAACGGGGCUGUAUGGAGAGCGGCACAGAGCGGCAUUACUCUCAAAAAGUGCCUCACGUUACUCACCAUUGGAGCCGCCGCGCUGUAGUCGCUCAUUGAGUUCAUCCACACCGUAGGGUAUCGUGCCUGACAUGGCGUUCACAGAGGUCUGGGUCUCUUUGGAUACGGCGCCUUAGCUUGGAUGGCAGUCCUGACUUGCUGCUAUAACGCCGUGUUCUCGUGUCGUGCUGCAGACUGUCACACACACACACACACACACACACACACACACACUGCGUGUGGUAACAGGAAAUGGAGCAGACCUGCCAGCUGGGGGCCGCCGGCCCACCCGUCUCCUGUAAAACCCAAAGUCACUUGUACUGGAGCUGUCGCCGCGCUUGUUUGCUUAUGCGUAUUUUUACACCAUUCUUGAAAUAAAAGCUGUUUGGUUUUGGUUUGUUUUUAUAAACUGUA